UCUUGUGGUGUAGUAAGACUUGACGUCUUCCGACAGCAGCGUGACCAGGAAGCGCGUGUCCUUGAACGCCAUCUCACGCUCCCCGGACACGGGCCAGUACUGAGCACACUUUUCCUGACGGACGGAGGAGAGAAAAAAGGGGGCACCCGAGCGGAAAAGGAAAGAGUCCGGAAUAUAUGUGCCGAGGAAGCGACUUUUACCGGCCAUGUUAGUGCUGCGCUAGCGUGAGCAGUUAGCUAGCGUGCUACUGACGUGUGUCAGUGAUUUUUACUGAUCAUGAGCCAGAAGUGGCCACACGUGUUCCUGAGGGGACCCUGCGGAUACAACACAAGCACAAAGAUAUAUUAGAAACACGAGUGUUCAUCUUGUCUCUCUUUAUUCGGAGCCUACGCAGCUUUCUUGGUCGGCUGGCAAACAUGAAACCCAUUCUGCUUCAGGGCCACGAGAGGUCCAUUACUCAGCUGAAGUACAACAGAGAGGGCGAUCUCAUCUUCUCCGUGGCCAAGGACACUGUUGCAAAUGUGUGGUAUUCCGUCAACGGCGAGCGUCUGGGCACCUACAACGGACACACGGGAGCGGUGUGGUGUGUCGACUGCGAUUGGGACACCAAGAAGGUGUUGACGGGUUCGGCCGACAACAGCUGCCGGCUGUGGGAUUGCGAGACGGGUAAACAGAUGGCCUUGGUCAACACCAACUCUGCGGUCAGGACGUGCGGCUUCGACUUCAGCGGCAACAUCAUCAUGUUCUCCACGGACAAGCAGAUGGGCUACCAGUGCUUCCUCAACUUCUUCGACCUGCGAGAUCCGCAGCAAAUCGACGACAAUCAGCCGUACCUGACGGUCCCGUGCAACGACCACAAGAUCACCAGCGCCGUGUGGGGGCCGCUCGGGGAGUUUGUCAUCGCCGGGCACGAGAACGGCGAGAUCAACCAGUUCAGCGCCAAGUCGGGGGACGUCCUGAAAACCAUCAAGGAGCACAGCAAGCAGAUUAACGACAUCCAGUCGUCGGUGGACCUCACCAUGGUCAUCACUGCAUCCAAGGACAACACUGCCAAGCUCUUCGACUCGGCCUCCUUGGACCACAUCAAGACCUUCAGGACGGAGCGACCCGUCAACUCCGCCUCCAUCUCGCCCAUCAUGGACCACGUGGUGAUGGGCGGCGGUCAGGAGGCCAUGGAGGUGACCACCACCUCCACCAGGGUCGGCAAGUUCGAGGCCAGGUUCUUCCACGCCGCCUACGAGGAGGAGUUCGGCAGAGUCAAGGGCCACUUCGGACCCAUCAACUGUGUGUCGUUCCACCCGGACGGCAAAAGUUACAGCAGCGGAGGCGAAGACGGAUACGUGAGGAUUCACUACUUCGACCCGCAGUACUUUGACUUUGAGCUGGAGGUGUGAAAAAACACUUGGCGGGUAUCCAGAACUUCAAUGAAGCCGAUUCCUUUUUUUUUGUUGUUUUUAACAUUUUGACAUAAGACUUGACACCCACAUCACAAAUUUCUGCUACUUUCAAUUAAACAGUUCAAACUUCAAA